AUAGGAUUUCUGACAAACAGCAACACACAGUUGUUAACUUAAUGAAACCACCAGCCAGAUGUUAGAGAAGUUGCCGACAGAGAUACAAGUCCGGCUCUUGAAGCUUGAGCCAUCUAGCUCCUUGAAAAUGGUCAACUCUCAUUUCUACAUUCUUUAUAACGACUUGUUCUACGAAAGAAUCAUCUCUACCUUUGGAGAGGAUAUCGUUCCAGUGCUCAUCAAAGUGCUUCCAUGGCUUCGAACGUACAUUAAGACAUUAGACCUGUUUCGGCGAGAAUCCCGGUCUGUAAUUUCCUCCCGAUUGAGCCUUCCAUUUUAUGUGGACGAAGAGAAUCCGCUAAAUACAAUUUACAUCAAGGAUUCGUGGAGAUACGUUUAUUCGAUUCUCAGAAAUAAACGACUCUUUGCCGAGUACGGAGACUAUAAGAUCGAUGAACCAACCAACUACAUCUACAACCACUUUGUGGAGAUCAACCGCACAUAUUUAUUGUCAUACACUAAAACAAUGUGGUUGGCUCCUGGAGACUACAAUUUGAAUAUCGGAUUAGUGGUGAAACACGGAAAUGGCUUAGGAACCACCAAGUUUGAAAUCCGAUACGAGAACGACCGGGGGGAUAUUGUCACCGAAACGUUCUAUCCUCCCACCAACAUCAAUGAUAUUUUACCUAAAAAACAGUUUUGUCUCUUGCGAUUGGGGGAGUUUUCAAUUCCUUCAUCUCGAACAAACCACGAUAGUUUCAACAAGUCACAUCAUCCCAAACUCUAUAAAGUCGAACUUACCAUGGAAGAAAUUGGGCUAUACUUGAAGUCAGGAUUUCGGAUCUUCUUUAUUGAUCUUGCCCAACCAACGGUACUUUUCAACCAAUUUGAUUUGUUGUACUAUACAGUGAGAGAAACCGACUACCGAUACUUUAUCAAUAUUCCCCUCAAAAACUUCUAUAAAGCUUUGAACUAUAUCCAAAACGGGAACCUGGAUAAUCUCAGCUACCAAAUAGCAUUAAAAGACUACGGUACUGGUGACCCUUUUGAAAUUUUGGAUUCUUAUGACGAUAAGUUUGUUACUGACUCAUUGCACAACCGAAAGGCUGGCCAGGUUGAUUCUCUCACCGAUUUGAAGGAUCCCAAGGCCAUCAGUGACAAGCAGUUGAUGCGAUAUGCCGACUUCUACUUCAACAAAGCGUUCAUCCGCCGGUACUUCAAGUUCAACACUAUUUAUCAAAGACGUCAGUUCGUAAAUCGAUAUGGGGACUUUGAGCUCGACUGGAAAAAAGGUGAGAACCAGAACUUUAACUCAACCAACACCUAUGAUUCCUACUCUCAUUCCCAACUGACCUUUUCGCUCGUAGCCCCUGAUACAAACCGGGCCUGUAUUUAUGACCUACAUGGGCUCAAGUGGAAAAUUCCUACUUUGAGUGAGCUCUAGCAUCUGUAUAGUGUAUUUGCAGCAACAUCGACAAAAUUUAGGCGC